GAGGUCGGUUGCGCAAGCGCACCGUAUAAAGGAGAUAGAUGAGUCUGAGGAAGCAUUAGUCAGGACGACGCCAUGAAGUCUCUAAUAGCAAUCUGCGUUCUACUGGUGACCGUGUCAGGGGGGAGGGUCAAACGUGGCGGCAGCGGCUGGCAUAGCUCCCCUAGCUAUGGAAGCAGCUAUGGUGGCAGCUACGGUGGUGGCUACGGUGGUAGCUACGGUGGUAGCUACGGUGGUAGCUACGGCAGUGGCUAUGGCGGCGGCUUCGGCAGCAGCUACGCAUAUAGUUCAAGUCCUUGUGGCAGUUUCGGAUGCGGUCAUUCCGCAGCUAUCAGCCACUCCGCACCCAUUAGUUACUCUGCACCCAUAAGCCACUCCGCACCUAUUAGUUAUUCAGCACCUAUCAUCCACUCCGCACCAAUUAGUUACUCGGCACCCAUUAGCCACUCCGCACCCAUUAUAAGCCACGCUAGCCACAGCCCUUGCGGAGGCGGUGGCUGCCACCCUCCCAUCAUCGUCCACAAGCCAAGCUGUGGAGGAUACGGCUGCGGGGGCCCUCGCUACGUCACCGCUAGAAAAGUGGUACACGUACACAAAGCGAUCACCGUCCCUAAAGUGGUACAUGUUACGAAAUACGUCUCUGUACCGAAAGUGGUGACUUACAAGAAAGCAGUAAGAGGCUAUGGUGGUGGUGGAUCUCAUGGCUGGUGGUAAAUUCUUAAAUCUAGUCAAAAUUCUUAAGAUUUGCUCACAAACGACGGUUUAAUAAGAAUGAAAUUAUUAUACUUGUGGUUAACUGAUAUUUUGAUAUGUGAUACUCAUUAUUACUUUAUUAAUGUCUUAUUUUAUUCAAUUAUACAUGCUUAUUUACAAAA